AUGUACAUCGAAGAGGUCAUCAUUGAUGGAUUCAAGUCCUACUCCACGCGGGUGACUGUCGGACCCUUUGAUCGGCAGUUCAAUGCUAUCACAGGUUUGAACGGCAGCGGGAAGUCGAACAUCCUGGAUUCGAUUUGCUUUGUUCUCGGCAUCUCGAACUUGACUCAAGUCCGAGUCGGCAACCUCUCCGAGCUUGUCUACAAGCAGGGACAGGCGGGCGUGACGAAAGCCAGCGUCACCGUCGUCUUCAACAACGAGGACAAGCAAGCCAGCCCUGUGGGCUAUGAGAUGCACGACAAGAUCAUCAUCACGAGGCAGAUCGUGAUCGGGGGCCGGAAUCGGUACCUCCUGAACUCGCACAACGUCCAGCAGAACCAGAUCCAAAAUCUGUUCCAUUCCGUGUCCCU